CCAGGUCUUGGCCUUCACCCGCCGAAGGCCCACUUCCAGCCCUGCACGCCGCUUUACCGUGUGCCUGGGUGUCCCCGGCCCUGGACGUCAUGCCCUCUCUCCCCUCCCCCCACGCCGCGCCUCGUACCCGGAAUCUAAAUGUAGACUCCGGAUGCGCCUAAGCUUAUGGGAUCCCCCUUGGGAGAGCGACAGGUUGUGCUGGACUGGCAGGAGGUGAAGAGGGACCCCAAGGGGACAGCGGCUCGUGCGGGGUGCUGGGGGCGAGCUGAGGGGACGCGGCCGGAGGACACACUCCCCCAGACCCCGCGCUCGCGCCGACCCCGCCUUGCGGCUCCGUCCUCCUGUGUCCGUGGCGCCUGGGCCGGCGGCGGGCCGAAGUCGGGCCCGGGCCUCGGCCUCGCUGGCCUGCAUGUGCGGACCCGGGGGAGGCCCGCGGGCCCACUGGGCGCGACCCGGGGGCCGAGCGGCGGGGCGCGCAGAGACACCUCCGGACCGGCAGGGGGCGCUGCGGAAGGGGCGCCGGCGGCGGCGGAAGGAGCGCCGCGCCAGGAGCUCGUCCCUACUCCGUCCGCCCUCCGCGCUAUGGCGGCCGCCGCGUCCGUGUCUCGGCUGCUCGGCGCGGGUGUCUGGCCCAGGCCGCUGCGGCCGCAUGUGCUCCAGAGCGCCACCCCGGGGCGGGCCCGGCCAAGCGGCAGGACCCUGGCCAGCGCUGCGACCCCCGCCGUCAGGGAGCCCAAAGGCGACAACGGUAUGGUCAGCUGCUCUGCGAGCCUGGGAUUUAUGGAGCCGUACAUUUUCGGGAGCCGCCUGGACCAGGACAUCAUUGACCUGGAACAGACGGCCGCGCACCUGCAGCUGGCGUUGAAUUUCACGGCCCACGUGGCCUAUCGCAAGGGCAUCAUCUUGUUUGUGGGCCGGAACCGGCAGUUCUCACACCUGAUUGAGACCACGGCCCGGGACUGCGGCGAGUAUGCCCACACCCGCUACUUCAAGGGCGGCCUGCUGACCAACGCUCCGCUCCUCUUGGGCCCCAAGGUCCGCCUGCCAGACCUCAUCAUCUUCCUGCACACGCUUAACAACGUCUUUGAGCCCCACGUGGCUGUGAGAGACGCGGCCAAGAUGCACAUCCCCACUGUGGGCAUCGUGGACACCAACUGCAACCCGUGCCUCAUCACCUACCCCGUCCCCGGCAACGACGACUCGCCGCCGGCCGUCCACCUCUUCUGCAGGCUCUUCCAGACAACCAUCAACCGGGCCAAGCAGAAGCGGAGGCAGAUGGAGGCCCUGUAUCGAUUGCAGGGCCAGGAGGGGCCAGGGGCCCGUGGCCAGGGGCCAGCUGCCCUUCCUUCCCUGGGAGCUUAGGCCGUGCUGGACCUAGGCCAUUCCCGGUGACGGGUCCUCUCCCUGGCCCAAGGACAGUGGCAGCCAAGCCUGUCCCUAAGCCAGGAGCCCCUUGCCUUCCCCGGCUGCGGUCCUUAGCGGGUUCCUGUGGCUCUUAGGCCUCGACUGGCUCCCUGCUGCUAGUCACGGCUCCUGGCAGCCGCCCCCCGGGAUUCCACUCGAGACCUGGGGGGCCCAGCAGGUGCACGGAGGGCCCGCAGCCUGUCCAGAAAACAUGCUCGUCCUGGAGUCUGGAAAAGCCUCGCUUACACCAUAAAUUCAGUCCUUUGUGUGUCGGGGAGGCUCUCCCAUGGAGUUGCCCUUCACCCUCUACCAGACUGUGCUGAGGUCAGCCUGGGUCCCCCUGCACGGCUCUGGGGCUGUUCUGUAACGGGAGGCCGCAGGGCCAGUCACCCGGAGCCUCCCAUCUGGGUGGAGACAGGCCAGGCAAAGCAGACGCAGGAUCCCCAGAGAAAUAAAGCUUACACCUGGACGGGCACGGC